UAUUUGCCGCGCAUGCGCUGUUGGAAGCCGAUGCUGUGUGUAGAAAAAUCAUGGCGGAGGCGAUGCAGACCGACAGUUUUCCUGUCUUACCUUCGGGACUGGCGGAGGUAGAUAAAAUGAUCCGGGAGCGAGGCGACCUGUUUUCUGACACCCAGUGUAAAGUCUGCAGCGCCGUCCUGAUUUCUCAGUCUCAGAAGUUGACUCAUUAUCAGAGUAAGAAACAUGCCAACAAGGUUCGGCGUUUCCUUUCCCUGGAAAAUGAGAAUGGCGAUCCGGUCAAGAAGCCCAAAACCUCCGACAACGAUUGCAACAACGGAGACACGGACCGGCUGAAGGCGUGCCACCUGUGCAACAUGACCUUCACAUCUCCGGUUAUGGCCGAGUCUCACUAUCAGGGCAAAUUUCAUGCCAAGAGGCUGAAAAUGAAAGCUGUUGAAUCCCAGACUCCAGAAGCCUCUCAGUCUUCACAGCCGGUGGAGAAACCCGCCGACAAUUCAGCCGGCGGUUCUGAGACCGACAACAACAACAACCCAGAUCGCUUCUGCUCCACCUGCAAGGCGUCGUUCAACAACCCGCUCAUGGCCCAGCAGCACUACGCCGGCAAGAAGCAUAAAAAGCACAUGACCAGGCUAAAGCUGAUGGAGACGUACGGCCCCUCCACCGCACCAGCGUCGACACUAAACGGUUACCCCUGCACCGUCUGCAGCAUCGUGCUCAACUCCGUGGAACAGUACCAGUCUCACAUCAGCGGCGCCAGGCAUAAGAACCAAAUGAAGAAAGUUGGUCAGAAGUCUGGAGACGACCAACCUUCAGCUGUGGAGUCAAACCAGUUCACUGGAGGAGAAAACCAGUACUCCGGGGUCGACGGCCGGCGCGCGCCCGCAGACGACCAGUACCCCCCCGGAGACGACCAUUACGUUGCCCCUGACGACCAGUACGAGGGCGGAGACGGCCAGUUUGGGAACCACCAGUACACCCCGGAGUUCUCUGCGUUUUCGGACCAGUUCCAGUACACUUGAGGCCGGACUGGGAUUAAACUCUCCAAACAGCCCCCCCUUUAACGAACCAUCACUCCCAGUCCCUCCCAUUAAACUUUAGCUCCUGUAAACCAGUCUGGACUGUGACCCCCAUGUGCCCUCCACCAUUUCCUGUUUGUUUUUCUGAUGUGUGAUUUCUGGCGGGCCUGCAGAGCGGCGGCGCCGAGACGCUGCAGUCCUUCUGUUUUCUCUCAGAGUUCGGACAGUACCAUGAUUUUAGCUGCAGCGACGGAAACAGAAAGAAGCGCCGCGUUUUCAACGGUUGUUCACAUGUUCUUGAGGCGGGAUUUUGUUGUUUGCUCUUCAGCAGUCAGUAUCUUCACUUUGAAGCAAAGUUUCCUUUUCAGGCUGAUUUGUUGGGAACCAUGAGACCAAGUCUCAGGAUUUUUAAGAUGUUUGCUAAUUUUAUGGUUUUGACAAGAAAAUCCAGUUCAGUUCAAACAUCCUGUAUUAUUCCCAGAGGGAAAUUAAACAUGUUGACUCCCAUCACUCAGUGGCUGUAGAUGUCGAUGGCUGCGGCUGUAGCAGUCUGUUCAACAGCGCCUCUGUAGAGGCCUCUGACUGAAGACGCUGUCUCAAACAGAGGAGGCUUCAGGUUUUUCAUCAUUUUUUUGAUUUUAUGUGAAACAUGAAGUGGUUUCCACUGCUGAGCCGCCGCGGUAACGCAACGCCACUGUAACGCAACGCCACUGUAACGCAACGCCCCUUCAUCCUGUGAUUACAGCGGCGAUUGCGGCUCAGAGGAACAAGCUUCACCAGUUCAAAGGAGGAAAUAAUAGAUGGGCUGGAAAAUCUAAUUUUAGUUUUUACAGUACUGAGAAAAAAAGGCGUCGGUGAAACAUUCUGCUGCUACGUCUGAGCAGAAAGUUUAAUAUUUCCAUAUUUCCUGAAAUAUCUGAUCUCUGAGUGAAGCACCGCUGUUCUGGCAGCAGCUGAGUUUAGUCAAUAUUUUGCUAAUGUCAAAAAAAUUAUUUUACAAUAUUUUCCACUAAGAGACACAAUUAAAAUCACAUGAAUAAGUGGUUCACAUAAGUCAUUAAAAUAUACGCAGCACUAUCUUCCCCCAGCCACUUCCUGUUUUCCUCUUCAAGGUUUCCAGCAGUAGUAACAUCCUGUUGUUGCUCAUGUGACUCAUGAGGCAAAACAAAUGUUUCCAUUGUGAAAUAAACCAAUUUAAAAAUGGCCAAAAAAAUCCACCUCAUUCCAGCAACAAAACUUUGAGGUUUUUUAAAAUCAGUGAGUUUUGAUUAAGCUAUGCAACGAUAUGAACAAUGUAAACAAAUCCAGCAUCUGCAUUUUUAUUAAACAGGAGCAAAACUUUGUUGAUAUUCUGCUAAUGUUGAAAAAACACAAUUUUACUGCUGCU